AUGGCUGCACCGCUCCCCAAGGCUGCCCUCUACUACUACCCCUCCUCCAUAUGGUCUUCCGCCCCCCUGCUCGCCCUGGAAGAAAAGGGCUAUGGCCAAGACGAGAUCGAUCUUAAACUCGUUGAUCUGUCAAAGGGAGAGAAUUAUUCACCGACGUUUCUGCGUCUGAACCCCAAAGCUACCGUACCCACUCUCGUCGUCCCUCUGCACACUACGCUCUCGCCCGAGAUCGAGAGUCGAUACAAAGCCAUCCAGGAUACAAAGUCGAUCGUCGAAUUCCUCGACAAGUCUCGCUCUACCCAGUCACGAACCCACACUACGUCGUCGGCUCCAUCCCCCUCACUCAGCCCCGCCACGAUCGGGUUCAGUGCCGUCUCUGAGAAGGUCAUCGCGCUGUUGCAUUCUCUGGGCGCGGACCCCAACGCGCUCACAUACCUCAACGCCCGCGACGAGGCGUCUCUGCGCGAGCUCGCCAGUGCGCGACUGGCCCCGCUCGUCGCCCGACGUGAUGCAAUCAACCAGCUGCUCUCUGACAACGAAUCUGCCAAGAUCCGUGUGUCGGAGAAGACGCGCAACUUUUGGCAGAUGAAGAAGGCUGCGACGGAGAACAUCCUGGACGUGUACGCCGCUGCGGACAAGCCUGCAAGCGAGCUGGACGAGGGCGCGCGCGCAAAGCGCGAGGCGUUCUUGCAAGAGGCGAAGACCGGGUGGGGUGGACUGCGGGAGAUCCUGGAACAACUCAACCAGGAGAUCAUAGGCCCGUACCUGCUAGGAGACCAGCUGUCCAUCGCAGACCUCCACCUUACGCCAUGGCUCGCGCGACUGGCUCAGCUCUCGGGGGGGACGAUCGCGGACGAUGGGAACACGAUUGUGGGGAAGCUGGAGGCCCGCGUGGACGGGGGCUUCAGCUUGCCGAAGGAUCUGUCUGUAGCAGAGGCGCGCCGUCGCGCAGGGCUGCCAGAGCUGGAGCCGGGGACGAACGAGCGUCAGAGCCGGCUGGCGGCGCUGUGGGACGCGAUGAAGGAGAGAGCGAGUUUCAAGAAGGUGUACGAGGACGGGCUGCACUGA